UCAACAACCCUAUUUUAAAGCGUAGUUUAUCACAGCGGGCGCGGACGUCCUCAAACACUGCAAUAUUAAAUUAAGCAACUCGCCGCCAGUGCCACAACUAGUGAAAUUGCAUUACCCAAAUCGGUAUUAUCAGACCCACAAAGCCUGGUGUGUACAUUUUCACACCACGUAACAACACAUGUGCGUGCGUGCAUGUGUGAGUGAGCGAGAGCGAGUGUCAAAAUGACAGCAGCAACAACAACGAAAACAACAACAAUAGCAGCAGAAUCAAAAUCCACCAUAACAAAAACAACAACAGCAGAAAUAUAGCCAGCCAGCUGUGCGAGGUCGUGUUUUCCCUCUCUCCCGUUGACAAAAACGAAUUAGAAAAGAAACAACACAAAUUUUGAACAAAUUUUCGGUUAUUUGGCGGAAUAAGAGCAAAAAAUAAAAAGUAAAACAAAACAACAGAAGACGGGAGACAGGAGAGAAUAGAGUCCAAAAUUGUUCGUUACUUGUUACCUCACUGAGCGUGUUAUGAACAUACUAAAACCAGACAAGCUCAAGUGCAUCGUGUUUAACCAACUGCGUCACACUUGGACGUUUCUAUUGUUUGUGGCGACUCUGCUGCGGCCACUUCUCCGCCUACCCCUACUUCCACGUCCACGGCCUUCCUCAGACCAGCUGGAGCCAUCGCUUAACAACAAUAACAACAAUAAUAACAACGAAGUGAUCAUGGAGCAGGACUUGCCGGAGGAGGGAAUGGACCACCAGGUUCAGGAGGAGCAGCAGCAGCCGCCACCGCAGUUUCUUCCCGACCUACUGCCAGGAAAUCAGGCGGAAUUCAUUGCCUUGCAAGUGUAUGAAGGUGUGGGCGAGCCCAUGGAUGCAGCCAGUGAUUUGGAUGACGAGGAGGAGGACGAAGACGACGACGAUGUGGACGUGGAUUAUGGCGACACUGAUUCGGACCCGGAGUUCGAGGAUAUGUACUCUGAUGAUAUGACCAGCUCCAGCGAUGAGCUAGAGGAGGACAAGGAGAGCUCGAAGAGCGUGGUAAAGGCCUACCAAUCCCCGAAUGAUCCGAUGGAUCAGCAGCCAUGUCCCAACUAUGCCUUCCAGCCGCUGCGUCUGGUCAAAUGCCAGUACAAGAAACACUGCAAGGGCGGAUUCCCGCUGGAGCGCAGUGGCCAUCGCAUCAUCGCCUCCAACUCGCACCUGUACUCGCUCGGCGGCUACAAUCCGCGCAGCGCCCUGCGUGCCUCCCGCCGCGGCCAUUGCCUGCUAUUCCAGGAGCUGUGGAGCUUCAACUUUGCCACCCGCACCUGGAAGCUGGAGCUGAAUGCGGAUAAUGCCAGCAAUAUGCCUGUCGAGCUGGCCUCCAAUGCGUUGACCAUUCACAAUAACGUGUUGAUUUCUCAUGGCGGCACUGGAUAUCCUUUUGGAGAGUCCUGCUCCAACGACUGCUACGUUUAUCGCACGGCAAGUGCUGGCGCGACACCUGGUGUGGAACGGCUUAAGGUCACCGGUGAAUUGCCUACAGCCCAGUACGGGCCGGGUAUAGUGAUCCACAAACACUUCCUUUACACAAUUGGCGGAACGACGGGCUUCGACUACACCUGUGAUGUGUAUCGCUUGGAUCUGCAGACCCGUAAGUGGGAGAAUGUGUAUAUUAGUCGCCCCGAGAUGCGCGAUGAUCCGGAAGGACGCUAUCGUCACGAGGUCGUCUACGAUGGCAAGCACAUCUUUGUGUUGGGUGGAGGUACAUCGCACUCCGUCUACGAUCUGCAGCGUAUUCCGGCCUAUAAUCUUGGAGCGAACUGCUGGGAUUACUUUGAUACCCAUCCAGAUCGGCGUACAGCUGACAUGGAUGAUGGCAACCGAGGCUAUCCGCGACCACGCAAGUGCUUCUCCUGUGUGCAGCACCAGUCCUCAAAUGGAGAUAUCGAGGCUUUUAUCACAGGCGGACUGCAGGGCGACUUCUCUACGUAUUUCUCGGACAUCUGGAAGCUGAAUCUGCGCACCAAGCAGUGGUUCCGCAUCGAGACUGCCACCCUGCCGCGUCCCCUGUACUUCCAUUCGGCGGCCCACUCGGAUAAUGGGUGUAUGUACGUGUUCGGCGGCAUCGAGUACAACGACAAGGAGAUGCGUCGUCGCAAGGACCUCUACAAGAUGUGGAUGACGGUGCCCAAGCUGAGCGAGAUGUGCUGGGACGCCAUUACCUACUACAACGACAAUCUGGACUUGUACGACAGAAAGACGCUUCUUAGUGCCGGUAUUCCGAAGCGUUUCGCUGAACGUCUGCCGCCACAACGACGAAAGCUGAUGGAUAAAAACCAGCAGGACCCGUCAAUCCUAUUUUCGCUGUACUCGAACCCGAAACGCGCCCGCUCCACAACGCAAUAGGCGUGCCCCCGCCCCCGUCCCCCUGUUCCCACAAAAAUAAAAGGCGAAGAAGUGGACAAAGAGCGGACAGAGCUUCGUCUCGCCGCCAUGAAUCUGUUUCAGUUGCAGAACUUUUCGUUACUAUUGUUUAAAAAA